CACCGCAACACCACCUGCAUGCCCCCCCCACACCCCCCGUAAUGUGAAUGGUGGACGGGAUGUGGGGUGGGGGGAAACCUGAGGUUCUUAAGCGGGGAGCCUCUCACCUCGCAUCACCCACCACGAGUCUCGCGCCACGUACCAGGUGUCUCGCGCGUUGAGAGUCUCACGAGCCACGCGUCGUCUCACGAGCCAGGUGUCCUCUCACACUCCAGGUGUCGUCUCACGAGCCACGUCAAGCGUCUCACACUCCAGGUGUCAGGUGAGCACAUAAGGAUGGCGCAUCAGGCCGACGCUUACCCUCCGCACCAUCAUCAUGACCAUCAGCAGCAUCACCAGCAGCAUCAGCAUUACCCGGUGGUGAUGCAGCAGCCCAUGAUGCAGACGGUACAGGUGCAGAAGACAAAUUGGUCCUCGGGAAUGUGCGACUGCUGCAACGACAUGGGCAUCUGUUGCUGUGGAUUAUUCUUCCCGGUGUGCCUGGCGUGCAAAGUCUCCUCGGAUUUCGGCGAGUGCUGCUGCACCCCAUUGCUGGUCGGUGGGGACCUGGCAGUGCGCACCGGCAUACGCGAGCGCUACCGCAUCCAGGGCUCCAUCUGCGACGACUGCGUGUGCCUCUACUUCUGUUAUCAGUGCACCAUUUGUCAGAUGGCACGCGAGGUCAAGCAUCGUCAGCUGCAGGUGGCCAACGUGCAGGUGGUCAUGCAGCAACCCAUCGUGGGCUACAUUGGCUGAACUAGAUCGGUCGUCCAUCCGAGGACCAACUCUUAGGCUCUCCCCACCAACAUCCCCCCCACACCCCCCGUGUUACUCAGCCAAGAAAUCCAAGGACUACUCACCUCCGAUUAACACGGUUGACGAUGUACGGUGCAAAAGAAGUUCAACGCCCACACACGUGCUCUUAUCGUUUCAUUAUCACACCACCUGGCAUGCCACGUGUUGGAGUGACGCCCAGAGGUCUGGAUGUGACUCCAAUGCUCGGUCUCGGUAACCUUCCCUCUUCCACCCAUCACAUGCAGACCUCCUCUACCUGAUUACGUCUGCAGUUGUUUUACUUAGAUUUUCCUUGAUCUAUUUUGAACUGACAAGUCGUUACACUAUCUUCACACGAUUCCUUUCCAUGGAACUAAUUCACGUUCUCCGACAUGCUUCCGAUCGCUCUUGUUUUGAAGUUUUGCUAAAAUUAUCUCAGAAUUUGCUGCUGCUGCUGUAGCCUGUAAAAAAAUAACGAAAUUUGAUCACGUGAUUAAUUAAAAAUAAAUAUCCAAUUGUUUAACCUCAGUUACAUAAGGUCAGUGCCGUUUAUGCAGGAGUUGCUUAUCUGCAGUCUCUCUGCCUUGCCUAAAGGCGGCUCUCCACACCUCGGCAAUCAAUCGUACGCAACUCCAAUGAAAACCAGUUUCGAGCGUUUGCCCAACCUCUUUGUUACACUCGAGUAAGUGCUUCGUCGCCGGUGUUGUUGGGGGAAAGGUCCCCAGCGGGUUGUGGCGCGGUAUAUAUUUAUAUAUUUAUGAAUUAUAGGAAUGGAAAGAACCGUCAUUGUUAGCGAGCUGGGACAGACGAACUUUCUCCUGCUGUGCCGUUCAGUGGCCGAUCCAACCCCCCGACCCUCCCCUCUCCAUUGGUUGCGCUGCAACAAGAUACAAUAAUCCCUCGGUUAACAGUGGCAUCAUCGGUUAACGUUUUUUUUUCGGUUAACGUUUCGCCUCCCAUCAGAGCCCCUACGGUGUCGACUCAACGUUACAAACGUUGAUGUAACGGUACCGUGUUUACGUUAUGCACCUGGGGGCGCCAAUUCCGGCCAAUCCGAGUGCUUAUAAGUGGAGGCUGAGUCACACCAUCAGCCAAUCAGCGACGCACCAUUCAUGAGACGUUUAGACCUCGAUUGGCUUUUAAGUUUACAUUAAGGUCAACUUAGAACGGAUGAAUGAUGUUAAAUGUGUCAUUCCUAUAUUCGAUUAACCGUUAUAUAAAACGGAUAAAAAACGUUAACCUAGGGACCACUGUUUAAUGAAUCCGCGACAGAAUGAAUGAUACAUUAAGUUAACACAUUAUUGAGGCCCACAUAUGGAGUUAUUGGGCGUGAAUUUGCCCAUGUAAGGAAUACUGGAACGGGAAUCAACGGAUUUUAAUUGGGUUCACGAUUAAAAACUCGAUGUAAACGGAAAUCGAACGAUUUAUUUAAACGCUGAAAAUCUCGAAGAACUGCUUGGAACCAAGUUUCUUUAUGUUCGAGCAGUGAUCACGGCGAUCGGUUAAAGUGAUUACUGUCACACGAUUUCUGGAAAAGAGACGAUUCGUUGAUCGAAAAAGCACAUAUUUAGGGCACUCAUAAUAGAGGAGAUAUUUUUGGGGGUUACAUCGCCUAAAUAUAGAUGUGUCGUUAAACCUGCCACCACCCGACACAACCAAUCAGUAAGGGUUUGUAACGUAAAGAAAACGUGCCAAUUAGUUAAUAGUUCAGCACUACACCGGUUGUGUGUUGGGAGAGUAAACCUCCAACAUGGACGCUGAUUGGCUUCCCUGAUUUUUAACGUAAGUUUAUCAUUCAUUCUGUCGCCGAUUCAUUCAUAUCCCCAUUACAGUUGAUGUGUAGUGGUGGCAACAGGCAGCCGUCAGUUCCCCACCUCCCCCGGUCCUCUCUCUCAAGCCGGCGAUCUGUGUAGUGAGCUGCAAUGCAUUUGUUCCAAUCCCAGUAGGGGCGAACAAACACCUGGGACAUUGGCAAAUUUUAGCUCCAGGACAAAUUGCCAUCAUAUGCAAGGAUAAAAAAUACGCAAGUUCGUUUUUGGUUAGGUGUGUGCUGUGCCAGUAUAGAUUUGAGCAAGCUCGCAAAGUGUUUUCCACGGAAUAAGAGAGGUCUAGAAGGAAAUACUGCUGCAGAAGAAACAGCAGUGUUCUCCAUGGGCAAGACCACUUCCGCCCCUGGUGGCCUUUAGUGGGCCCCUGACAAAUUGUGGAAACAGCCCCCAUCAUCAUAAUUGUGCUGUUGUCACAACCCCCCGCCACCCCAAUGGUUAUCAAAUGUGUGGCAGCCCUCACACACACUCAUCAUGUUUUAUUGGCAAAAGUCCCCUCUGAAAUCGCCUUAAGAUUGUGUAGUGUUUAUAAUGAUGAAUCCACUUUUUAUGAGGCACACUCUGUUUAUUGUAAUUCUUCUCUUACACAGUUCUUUACACACAGAGGGGUAUACGGU